AUGAGACCUUAUCUAUUGCAAGGACACGAACGUCCGAUCACGGUGGUUCAGUUCAAUUAUGACGGCGAUUUGUUGUUCACUGCCUCCAAGGAUUUGGUGCCCUCCAUGUGGCGUUCGGAAGAUGGCCAACGAAUCGGUACCUUUAAUGGCCACAAGGGAGCCAUUUGGGAUUUGGACUGCAAUCGAUUCUCGACUCGUUUGUUGACUGCCAGUGCGGAUGCUACCUGCAAACUAUGGGUGUUAGAAACGGGAGAGUGCUUGCAUACCUUUGUCCACAGGGGUCCUGUCCGAGGCGUUUCCUGGGCGGAUGGUGCCAAAAUGUUUGCCACCAUUUCCGAUCCCUUUGUAGAACACAAUGCCAAAAUCAUGAUCUUUGAUUGUCCUGAAGAUGGAAACUACAGUGAGGCUCCUCGGCUAGAAAUUGAUAUUCCCAAGGUGGGCAACAAGCGUGUCAACCCUACCAACAUCCAGUGGACAGCCUUCAACGAAGCACUCUUGGUCAGCUUUGAUAGUGGCGUCAUCAAACUCUACGACCCCACCAAUGGAGAGUUGAUCGAUGAAAUUGUUGCCCACGAAAAGAAAAUCAAUCGUCUUCGUUUCAACCGAGACAAGACGCUCUUCAUUACCAGUUCCGCGGACUUUACCUCAAGGCUCUAUGAUGCCGUUGAUCUCAAACAACUCAAGGAAUACAAGACAGAUCGUCCCGUCAAUGAUGCUGUCAUUUCCGAGCACAAAGAUCACAUCUUGUUGGGAGGAGGACAAGAAGCCAUGAGUGUCACAACCACCUCUGGAAAAGUGGGAAAGUUUGAAACAAGAUUCUUUCAUUUGGUGUACGAAGAAGAGUUUGGCUGUGUCAAGGGCCACUUUGGACCCAUCAAUGCUUUGGAUAUCAACCCCAAUGGACGGAAUUAUGCCAGCGGUGCAGAGGACGGAUACGUACGAUUGCACUUUUUCGACAAGAGCUAUUUGGAUAUGAAGGACCCUGUUCCAGAGGCAGACGAAACAGAUGGAGAGGAAGAAAAGACGGCUGCUGAAUAA